UAGUUAUUUGCAUGAUACCACGCUAAGCCCCACCGGCCACGCACAUGCAAAUAUGUCCCAGGUAAGGCAGGUGGGGCUGCUGCCUGCCGGAUGUCAGCCAUGGAACAAAGACGUCUGUGCUGCCAGUGGGGACAGGUUUGCAUACUGUGCCACUCUGGCCAUCUAUAUUUAUCAGUUGGAUCACCGUUAUAAUGAAUUCAAACUUCAUGCAAUUAUGUCUGAACAUAAAAAAACAAUCACAGCUAUCUCUUGGUGUCCACAUAACCCUGAUCUCUUUGCAAGUGGCGGUACCGAUAAUUUAGUGAUCAUUUGGAAUGUGGCAGAACAAAAAGUCAUUGCUAAGCUCAACAACACAAAAGGGAUGCCUGCCUCUCUGAGCUGGUGUUGGAAUGCAGACGAUGCUGUGGCAUUUAUAUCACACAGAGGACCACUGUUCAUCUGGACUAUUUCAGGGCCAGAAAGUGGAGUGACCGUACACAAGGAAGCUCAUAGCUUCCUAUCUGAUAUCUGUGUAUUCAGGUGGCAUACCCAGAAAAAGGGAAAAGUUGUAUUUGGUCAUAUUGAUGGAAGUCUAUCAAUCUUUCAACCAGGUAAUAAAAGUCAGAAGCAUGUUCUGAGACCUGAAUCUCUUGAAGGGACAGAUGAAGAGGAUCCAGUCACAGCCCUGGAAUGGGACCCAUUGUCUAUAGAUUAUCUUCUUGUGGCUAACUUGCAUUAUGGAAUUCGUCUAAUAGAUUCUGAAUCACUUUACUGCAUCACAACUUUUAAUUUCCCCAGUGCAGCAGCAUCUGUCCAGUGCUUAGCCUGGGUUCACAGUGCUCCUGGGAUGUUCGUAACUGGAGAUUCUCAAGUGGGCGUUUUGCGUAUUUGGAAUGUUUCCAGAACAACACCUAUUGAUAAUUUUAAAUUAAAAAAAACAGGAUUUCACUGCUUGCAUGUGCUUAAUUCUCCCCCAAGAAAAAAAUUUUCAAUCCAGUCUCCAACUAAAAAUCAUUAUACAUCCUCGACCAGCGAAGCGGUUCCUCCCCCAACUUUGACACAGAAUCAAGCAUUUUCUCUCCCUCCGGGCCACGCAGUGUGCUGUUUCUUGGAUGGUGGAGUUGGCCUUUAUGAUAUGGGAGCCAAGAAGUGGGAUUUUCUUCGGGACUUGGGACAUGUGGAAACGAUCUUUGACUGCAAAUUCAAACCUGAUGAUCCCAAUAUUUUAGCAACAGCCUCAUUUGAUGGCACUAUAAAAGUUUGGGACAUAAACACGUUGACAGCAGUGCACACUUCCCCAGGGAAUGAAGGAGUUAUUUACUCCCUUUCAUGGGCUCCAGGUGAUUUAUAUUGUAUUGCUGGAGCAACUUCCCGAAAUGGUGCUUUUAUUUGGGAUGUUAAAAAGGGCAAAAUGGUACAACGAUUUAAUGAGCAUGGAAAAAAUGGAAUAUUCUGCAUUGCCUGGAGUCAUAAAGAUUCCAAAAGAAUAGCAACCUGCAGUGGUGAUGGUUUCUGCAUUAUUCGAACAAUCGAUGGUAAAAUGAUACACAAAUACAAACAUCCAGCUGCGGUUUUUGGUUGUGAUUGGAGCCAAAACAACAAAGACAUGAUAGCUACAGGCUGUGAAGACAAAAACGUCCGUGUCUAUUACGUAGCCACCAGUUCCGAUCAACCAUUGAAAGUAUUCAGCGGGCACACGGCCAAAGUGUUCCAUGUCAGAUGGUCUCCCCUGAGGGAAGGAAUUCUUUGUAGUGGUUCUGAUGAUGGUUCUGUUCGGAUCUGGGAUUAUACUCAGGAUGCCUGCAUAAGUAUUCUCAGUGGACACACUGCACCAGUGAGGGGCUUAAUGUGGAAUACUGAGAUUCCCUACCUGCUAAUAUCUGGCAGCUGGGAUUAUACUAUAAAAGUAUGGGACACUCGAGAAGGAAUUUGUUUGGAUACUGUAUAUGACCAUGGUGCAGAUGUAUAUGGUCUAACCUGCCAUCCGCGUCGCCCCUUCACGAUGGCCUCUUGCUCCCGGGACUCAACAGUGAGACUCUGGUCACUAACAGCUCUCAUCACUCCUUUACAAAUAAAUAUUUUGGCAGACAGAUCUUGGGAAGAAAUUAUCGGGAACACUGAUUAUGCUAUAGAACAAGGUACUCCUCCUCUAUUGUGUGGUAAGGUGUCAAGAGACAUUAAACAAGAAGUAGAGAAACUCACUGGUAAUCCUCGAAUGAAAAAACUGAGAUGGUUUUCAGAAUGUUUAUCGCCUCCAGGUGGCAGUGACAAUUUAUGGAACUUAGUUGCUGUGAUAAAAGGGCAGGAUGAUAGCUUACUUCCUCAAAACUACUGUAAAGGAAUAAUGCACUUGAAACAUCUGAUAAAAUUCAGAACAUCUGAAGCUCAAGAACUUACAACAGUCAAGAUGUCUAAAUUUGGUGGUGGUAUUGGUGUACCCACUAAAGAGGAAAGACUGAAGGAAGCUGCGGAAAUUCACUUGAGAUUAGGACAUAUUCAGAGAUACUGUGAACUUAUGGUUGAACUUGGAGAGUGGGACAAAGCCUUGUCAAUUGCACCAGGGGUCUCUGUGAAAUACUGGAAAAAAUUAAUGCAGAGGAGAGCUGAUCAGUUAAUCCAGGAAGAUAAGGAUGAUGUCAUUCCCUACUGCAUAGCCAUUGGUGAUGUGAAAAAAUUAGUCAAUUUCUUUAUGUCAAGAGGCCAACUUAAAGAAGCGCUGCUUGUUGCACAGGCUGCUUGUGAAGGAAACAUGCAAACCUUACAUAUCUCUACGGCGAAAGCAUCUUCACAUCCUGACAACAUCUACAAGGAAGACUUUACUGAACUCCUGCACAGAGUCAGUAAAGAGCUGGCAGAAUGGUAUUUUCAGGAUGGUCAAGCAGUGCUGGCUGCCUGUUGCCACCUGGCUGUGGACAAUGUUGAGCUUGCUAUGGCAUACCUGAUUCGUGGGAAUGAGCUGGAGCUGGCAGUCUGUGUGGGCACAGUACUAGGAGAUGCUGCAGCGCCAGCAACCUACUUUGCUCUAGAAUUAUUGGCAAGAAAAUGCAUGAUGAUGCCAACGUGGAAUCUGGCAGCUGAUCUCCUCCUGAUGACUCCUGGUAAUGAACUACAGUUGGUUAAACUCUGUGCUUUCUAUCCAGGGUGUACUGAAGAGAUCGAUGAUCUCCAUGAGAAGUGUAAGCUUCCCUCAGUAGAAGAGUGCAUGAAGUUGGCUGAGACAGCCCAUGCAGAUGGCAAUUUAUUUGAAACUAUAAAGUAUUACUUACUAAGUCAAGAACCUGAAAAAGCUCUUCCUAUUGGUAUCAGUUUCAUCAAAGAAAACAUCAGUAGUUCAAAUUGGACUUUGGAUGCCAUAUACCCUGUUCUUGACCUAUUGAGUUAUAUCCGUACUGAAAAAUUAGUCUUGCAUACAUGUACUGAAGCUCGAAACGAAUUGCUCAUAAUAUAUGGCUAUGUUGGUGCAUUAUUGGCUAUCAGAAGGCAGUACCAAAGUAUUGUUCCAGCACUUUAUGAAUACACAAGUCAGCUAUUAAAACGUCGAGAGGUGUCAGUGCCUCUGAAAAUUGAACACCUUUCUGAGGAAUUGGAUGCAUGGAGAGCUUGUACACAGUUUAGCAACCGAUCAUUGGAAGAUUCUCCAUAUACACCCCCAUCGGAAUCACAAAGAAUGGUUUAUGCUACUUUGCUAAAGAGAGUAAAAGACGAUCCACUCAAAGGCGUUACUGGACCGGAUUAUGUUACUGGAUCAAAUCUUCCAAGCCACUCCGAUAUCCACAUCUCUUGUCUUACAGGACUAAAAAUUCAGGGCCCUGUAUAUUUCCUUGAAGAUGGAAAAUCCACUAUCUCAUUGAACGAUGCCUUGAUGUGGGCAAAAGUGAAUCCAUUCUCACCUUUAGGGACUGGCAUACGACUCAAUCCUUUCUGAUAGAAGGUUUUUCUCCACGCUUACUAUUUUUUAAGAAGAGUUUUUAAGGGUUAGUAUUGCCUUAACCUUUGUUGUCCAGCAGCCAAAGGUUGGGAGAAAGGGUGGGGGGAGGGUAACAGUUGAUUUAUUUCAUUAACUUCAAAAAAUAAAAUAUUUAUAUAAUUUCAAG